AUGUGUGUGGUGUGGACAUGUAAUUAUAUUUUUCAAUACAAUACAUCUGGUAGUAACAAACAGCAUGUGACCACAAAGAAUACUGCAAAGCUUGAUCGUGAGACUGAAGAACUGAAACACGAAACCAUUCCAUUGGACGUUGGCAAGUUGAUUCAGCAAGGGCGUCAAGCUAAAGGACUCAGACAGAAGGAUCUUGCUACAAAAAUCAAUGAGAAACCACAGAACAUUGUGCUAUUGCCAGUACAUCAGGCAUAA